CUGUAGCUUGGACUCAUAUUGCCGAGAACUUCGCCGAAGCUUGGUCGAAGUAGAAUGACACCUACAGUACAUAGCUUAACUGGCUCCAUCAACAUGCGCUCAACGUGCAUUCAAGGUUCGGCUAUACUGAACCGGAAGCUGUAGUCUAGAAUUGAACUAUCCAGGCUUUCAGCUCAGUGCAGGCUUCAGGCAGCAAGCGGUCAGUCUUGGUAAUAUUGUACGAAGAGCAGAUCUGAGGCAACACCUGGCCAUCCCCCAUGGAAUCAGAGAAAGCUGCUGAGCCUGCCAGCAAGCUAGACAAGAGAAAUGCAGUGUCGGGGGUGACAUUUCUGGAGAUCAAGAAUAAAAAUUUGGAAGACGAAACUGUGCUGACAAAUGAGGAGAUUAGCAAGCACAAGAACGAGAACGACGCUUGGGUUGUGGUUGACGGAAUUGUGUAUGACAUCUCCCAAUUUGUUCAGGCUCACCCUGGUGGUGCGGAGAAAAUUCUGAAGCAUUUGCAUUUGGAGGACGUGGGCAAGUUGAUGCGAGGUGAUGAGGUCGCCUCCUCGGAAUCUCACUCACACAGCAAACACGCCUUUCGUACGCUCCAGCAGUUUCGCAUUGGCCGUGUUAGUGAUUACAAUCGUGGUGAGGACAUGUCGGAGUCAACCAGGCCCAGAAGAGAGGAAAGAAAAUACGUUGUGGAUCUCGACAAGCCUCUGGUCUUUCAGGUGGGGAAACUGGGUGCCGAAUAUGAUCAAUGGGUGCACAAUCCCAUAGUGCAGAAAGAUCCUCCUCGGUUCUUCGAAAGCGAUGUCGCAGAGUUUUUUACAAAAACGGCGUGUUGGGCAAUACCAGCGGUGUGGGGACCAGUGGUGAUGUGUUUAGCCGUAGCCGCUCACAAGGAUGGACUUCAGCUGUCAGCUGCACCAUUCUUCAUGGCAUCUGGAGCGUUCGUGUGGACUCUUAUUGAGUAUAUAUUGCACCGAUACCUCUUUCACAUGAAAACAUCCGGUUAUUGGACAAAUACUUUGCAUUACUUCCUGCAUGGAUUCCAUCACAAGCACCCAAUGGACGGAACCCGUCUAGUGUUUCCACCCGUCAUAGCUGGCAUUAUUCUUGUCGCGAUCUGGUUUGUAACCGAGCCACUUGUGAUCUUCCUGGGGAGGCCUGCGAAGUUGAGCAUGUUCAGUGGCGGACUGCUUAUGUACAUUGCGUAUGAUCUCACGCACUAUUUUCUUCACUUCGGCACACCUACUAACGAAAUGUCACGCAAGCUGAAGAGGCUACACUUUGACCACCACUUUAAAGACCAAAGUACAAGUUUCGGAGUCACCACGCACUUCUGGGACAAAGUCUUUGACACGUUUCCCAGUUUCCAAACAAGGUUUUAGGUGCUGGAUCUUAACUAAUAAUCACCUUGCAGUCCUUUCCAUCGAUGGUUGAGUCCGGCAGAUCAGGAGACUCCGGGGUUCUGUUCGUUGUGCUCAAAUGCCACUUUAAAACUCCAACUACUACUAAGCAGAGAUUAGAAGUCAGAUUAAUGGCGCGCACCUUGGAAUGUCUGUGUACAAUGUUCUAUUUGGUAGCAGGAAAAUAGGAAAAGCACACAACUAGUUAGUUAUCCACCUGGGGUCAAGCUAGAAUGAAGGAAUUUUGUAUUGUAUAGCAAGAACUUAGAGUACGCAGCCUUUGUAAGGCAAUGAAUAGCUGUAAAUUUUGUAUGUUAAGAAUAAAUGACUCUAAGAAACAGAUAUUUACCAAAAGAA